CUUGGGUGAGAGAGCGUCUACACGUCAGCGUGGGGAGGGCAUUGCUAUUUUAAAUGCUGUGAAUGUAACAGUCGAUAGUCCAGACUAGCAGCGUGCAACGGGGAGGGAUGGGAGAAGCUGUUGUGUACAGGGAGGAAAAUACAAACAAAAACAACCGUCCUCAGACGUGAGAGAAGGAAUAGAACCGUCAGUAGACAAACAGAUUGAGACGAGGCACGGACAGAGGAGACACAGAGAGGAGGCAGAGAGAGGAGACACAGAGAGAGAGGAGACACAGAGAGGAGACACUGAGAGAGAGGAGACACAGAGAGGAGACACUGAGAGAGAGGAGACACAGAGAGGAGACACCAAGAGAGAGGAGACACAGAGAGACACAGAGAGACACCGAGAGGAGACACCGAGAGAGAGAGACACAGAGAGACACAGAGAACACCGAGAGGAGACACAGAGAGGAGACAGAGAAGGGACACCGAGAGGAGACACAGAGAGGCGACAGAGAGAGCGAGAGCGAGAGAGAGAGAGAGAGAGAGAGAGAGAGAGAGAGACAGAGACAGAGAGAGGGAGAGAGAGAGAGAGAGAGAGAGAGAGAGAGACAGAGACAGAGACAGAGACAGAGACAGAGAGGAGAGAGAGAGAGAGAGACAGAGAGAGAGAGAGAGACAGAGACAGAGAGAGAGAGAGAGAGAGAGAGAGAGAGAGAGACAGAGAGAGAGAGAGGAGAGAGAGAGAGAGAGAGAGAGAGAGAGAGAGAGAGAGAGAGAGAGACAGAGAGAGAGAGAGAGAGACAGAGAGAGAGAGAGACAGAGAGAGAGAGAGACAGAGAGAGCGGAGCCCUUCUCAUCAUUCCACAAGUGACUGCUUGGUCUUGUUGGUCACAAAAUAGCGCGGAAGGACUGAAAAACGCACGAGUAAAGGGAGGGGAUUACGACACAGACACUAGCGGGGUCUUUGGAGACAGAAGCUGUUGCCCUUUGGGGGAGAAACAUGACAGUAGUGCCCAGGGAGAACCACGAUGAGACUGUGGCACUAACAGCCCUGUCCCAAGAUGUGUUGGACCCGGUGGAUCAGCGGACGGACCAGGAGUGCUGUGAGCGCGUGGUCAUUAACAUCUCCGGGCUGCUCUUUGAAACCCAGCUGAAAACGCUUGCUCAGUUCCCCACCACUUUACUGGGGGAUCCGAGGAAGAGAAUGCGCUUCUUCGACCCUCUGAGGAACGAGUACUUCUUCGACAGGAACCGACCCAGCUUCGACGCCAUCCUCUACUUUUACCAGUCUGGCGGCCGCCUCAGGAGACCCGUCAACGUACCCCUGGACAUAUUUAUGGAGGAGAUCAAAUUUUACCAAUUGGGAGAAGAUGUGAUCGAGAAUUUUAAGGAGGAUGAGGGAUUUAUAAAAGAAGAGGAGAGACCGUUGCCAGAAAAUGAGUUUCAACGACAGGUCUGGUUGCUGUUCGAAUACCCCGAGAGUUCGGGACCCGCCAGAGGGAUUGCUAUUGUCUCUGUUCUGGUGAUUUUAAUUUCUAUUGUCAUCUUCUGUUUGGAGACGCUGCCUGAGUUUAGGGAUGAAAAGGAGAAACAUUGGGACAAUGAGCUGGCGUUGAAUGGAACUAACAGCUCUAGAAAGCCCAAUCCAUUCACAGAUCCUUUCUUCAUAGUGGAAACUUUGUGUAUCAUCUGGUUCUCCUUCGAGUUGUUUGUCAGGUUCCUAGCCUGCCCCUCCAAGCCUGCUUUUUUCAAAAACAUGAUGAACACCAUCGACAUUGUGGCCAUCAUGCCCUAUUUCAUCACCCUGGGCUUGGAGCUGGCGGAGCACCAAGGAAACGGACAGCAAGCCAUGUCUCUGGCCAUCCUCAGGGUCAUCCGGCUGGUCAGGGUGUUUAGGAUCUUCAAGCUGUCCAGACACUCCAAGGGGCUUCAGAUAUUAGGACAAACCCUCAAAGCCAGUAUGAGAGAGUUGGGGCUGCUCAUUUUCUUCCUCUUCAUCGGAGUCAUCCUCUUCUCCAGCGCUGUCUAUUUCGCCGAAACCGACGAUCCAGACUCCGGUUUCAGCUCGAUCCCCGACGCGUUCUGGUGGGCUGUGGUCUCCAUGACUACCGUUGGCUACGGGGACAUGUGCCCGGUGACCAUCGGCGGAAAGAUCGUGGGCUCUCUGUGCGCCAUCGCCGGUGUGCUCACCAUCGCGUUACCGGUCCCGGUCAUCGUGUCCAACUUCAACUACUUCUAUCACCGGGAGACCGAGCACGAGGAGCAGUUUCAAUACACCCACGUGACGUGUGGCCAGCAGCAGCAACCGUCUUUUGGUGAAUUAAAGAACAGUGACAGCCAACCAUCAUCGCUUUCCAAAUCGGACUUAAUAGCCACGGAGGACGCUGAUUCUAUCAAAUAUACCAAUUGCAGCCCACACAAAGCGCACUGCAGCCCACACAAAGCGUACACGGGGAAACUCACUAAUGUAUGAUAAAAGAGCAAACAGAAAAUACCCAGCAAUGGAAAAAAACAGGCAUAGCCUUGAAGAUAUUCAGAGAAACCAUGCGUUUCUUUCUGUGAGUAGCAUACAUCUCCAAUUCUGCGCUCUGGCUAGAGUAAGGUUUGGCUCUCUCUUAUUUCCGGCGUCUCUUAAAUGCUGAAGGAAUUCUUUUUAAUAGAUUAUCAGUGGAUGAAUUAAAACGUGACUCGUGAUCUCACCUGAAAACAGUCUUCCGUUAUGCGCACAGCUCUUCUUCGCUUGUUGGUUGUAAACAUCAUUAUGAGGCUAUAUUUAGCCUCAUAAACAAAUAAACAACAACCAUGAUCACCCCCCCCCCCUCCCUCUCUCUAUUGUAGAGCUUUACUCAUGAUCUCUAAUUAACGUCUCAUUUAUUCAGCCUAAUUUCGUGUCUGUAUUUUUUUUCUUCCGUUUUCUAAAAGUUUACAUAUUGAUCUGCCUGUUUGGUGUUGAUAUAUCAUAUAAUAGGACCAGUUUGUCUAAAAUUACUUGAAUGAAUCUUAUACCUACAGGGCAUUGUAAUGACUUAAAAACCCCCAAGGUCACCCAGUGACUCUACCCACAAACCCCCAAGGUCACCCAGUGACUCUACCCACAAACCCCCUAGUUAUGUACACCAUAUCCAAGUAGUGCGUUUUUCCAUUAGACCGUUAUUGAGAGCGUGUUACUGGGCAGCGCUGCCUGGCAGCAGACCCUCUAUCCUCUCUGUCAACUGUGAUGAGGAAUGGGCAUAACAGAGGUCUAUCCAUCCACGCAGAGAUGCCGUUGUCUUUGAUAGCGGAACCACAGUAGUCUGAAUGGUGUGUGUCCGGUCUGGGAGCUGCACAUCCAUUCACACCUUGACAAGCCAUUGAGGAUACUAGACAUUACGCACAGCCCAAUUGCCCUCUAAAACGACCACAGGCACUAUUCAAAUGAUGUAUAUGUACGGAUCAAUAACGAACAGCAUCGAAUCUGAAUCGAAUGAAUCAAUAUGAUGCUAUUGACAUUGUUUACAACAUUUCGUUUUUUUUUUUUUAAUUUUUUAUUAUACAAUCUCACCAAAACUAUAUAAGUAGGUUCAUUUAGCGAAUAGUGCACUAGAAGAAAAGAAAAACAUUCAAUAAUAUCAAGUCUCUCAGAUGAUUCUUCUUCUUGAGAUAUUACAGAUGCAUGAAUGAAUGCGUUUAACAACUUGACAAGGGGAGGGGGGUGGGGGGGAUGAGAAGCGCACCUUGUUGUGUUCAGACAGGCGGGCAGAUGGACCCAGAGCGCCGCUUUGUGGAGAGUUUGGGAACUGCAGACGUGGUGUGGAAGCCGGUUAGUUUCUAUAGCAACCUUCCAGACUGUUCUGACAGGGGAAAGAUGUUAUUGUCUGACGUCAAACAGAACAGAGGAAUGGAAGGAUUUGACUGACGACCUGAUUGAAGGUGUUUUCAUUGUACCUACUCUUGUUGAAUGUUGCUACACAGCGCCCGACUUGAGUUACGUAGAAAUAUCAUUCAAUAAUAACCAAGAUGAUUUUGGCAGCUAUGUCCAUGUCCUGGGAUGAAUGGUUAUAUGUGGUGUAGUGUAGACAGGCAGAGACAGACCGAGACAGACAGAGACCUAUGCUGCAGGCAGAAAUGUAUCAGAAUCAAUAGAAACCCAUAUUGUCAUCGGUAAAAACCCUCCCCUGACUCCGAGGCCACAGCUUACUGGCCACUUAAAUCCACAGCGUCAUUAUAUCAAGUCACCUUGCGUUCCAGGCCGACGACAUUGUCUUCUGAUGUCGUAUGACAUCACCAUAUCACUUCGCUACAGUGGAUUACUACCAGACCACACUGCCCCCCUCCAACCCCCUCCAACCCCCACCAUGCCGUGGUGCAUCUCAGCUAAAAGAGGUGGAACCAAAGAACCUUUGGAAUAGAUUCUGACAGACGUCACUGUGUCAUGAGCGUACGGAUGACUGACUCAGAGCCCCCCAUUGGGUGGAUUUACCAGGGGAGAGGGCGGGGACCUGCUGCAGAUGACAGAUGCAGAAGCCAAUCAGGUUGGAAUCAAUAGCAAAGAAACGACAUAGACCAACAGACCCUCGGACGAUGCAACAGGACGGCCAACUGCUCAGACGCCCGGGCUACAACGUCUCCUGCAGUUAUGACGUAGGAAGAUGACCACUGCAGGAGAGACAGUCACGUGGAGGUUGGUGGAAGAUGAGCCGUCCUCCUGCUGUAUGACAGCUUCCUACAACACCCCGCGGUUUCCCACGACCCCUGGAGACCUCCUCCACAAGCCACGGGAGGAAAACACCGUCGCUGUCUUUUACCUCUGAGACGAGGAACGGAUGAAAUACACCAUGGAUACGAUGAGGAAACCCUGACUCACUGGAGGACAGGGCUCUGACAUGCCUUUCCAUUAGGGACAACAUCACCUGACAGGAUAUAGAAUACACCUGGACAACAUCACUGACAGGAUAUAGAAUACACCACCUGGACAACAUCACUGACAGGAUAUAGAAUACACCACCUGGACAACAUCACUGACAGGAUAUAGAAUACACCUGGACAACAUCACUGACAGGAUAUAGAAUACACCUGGACAACAUCACUGACAGGAUAUAGAAUACACCACCUGGACAACAUCACUGACAGGAUAUAGAAUACACCUGGACAACAUCACUGACAGGAUAUAGAAUAUACCACCUGGACAACAUCACUGACAGGAUAUAGAAUACACCUGGACAACAUCACUGACAGGAUAUAGAAUAGACCACCUGGACAACAUCACUGACAGGAUAUAGAAUACACCUGGACAACAUCACUGACAGGAUAUAGAAUACACCACCUGGACAACAUCACUGACAGGAUAUAGAAUACACCACCUGGACAACAUCACUGACAGGAUAUAGAAUACACCUGGACAACAUCACUGACAGGUCUAGAACACACCACAUGGACAAUGUGUCUGACACCGAUUUAACUGUGUGGACAACAUUACUGACAUAGAUUCAAACCAGGUGGACAUCAAUCUGUCUGAUAUGGACAGGAGACAUCCUCACUGAUCUGAUGACCUGCAGAGAGGAGAGGAGACAAACAGACAGAGAUUUAAACCAGGUGGACAACAAUCUGUCUGAUAUGGACAGGAGACAGCCUCAAUUCUCUGAUGACCUGCAGAGAGGAGAGGAGACAAACAGACAGAGGUACAGAAGACGUUACUUGAAUCACCUUCCACAACACAUGAAUAAUGACAUUUGUAAACCCAGUGAUCGUGGUGUCCUUUGUUAAAUGUAUGUCAACAUGACCCCUGGGACAACACACUCCUUCUAAGGCUGAGAAACAGGUGUGGGAAAAUGUAUGUCAACAUGACCCCCGGGACAACACACUCCUUCUAAGGCUGAGAAACAGGUGUGGGAAAAUGUAUGUCAACAUGACCCCCGGGACAACACACUCCUUCUAAGGCUGAGAAACAGGUGUGGGAAAAUGUAUGUCAACAUGACCCCCGGGACAACACACUCCUUCUAAGGCUGAGAAACAGGUGUGGGAUAAUGUAUGUCAACAUGACCCCCGGGACAACACACUCCUUCUAAGGCUGAGAAACAGGUGUGGGAAAAUGUAUGUCAACAUGACCCCCGGGACAACACACUCCUUCUAAGGCUGAGAAACAGGUGUGGGAAAAUGUAUGUCAACAUGACCCCCGGGACAACACACUCCUUCUAAGGCUGAGAAACAGGUGUGGGAAAAUGUAUGUCAACAUGACCCCCGGGACAACACACUCCUUCUAAGUCUGAGAAACAGGUGUGGGAAAAUGUAUGUCAACAUGACCCCCGGGACAACACACUCCUUCUAAGUCUGAGAAACAGGUGUGGGAAAAUGUAUGUCAACAUGACCCCCGGGACAACACACUCCUUCUAAGUCUGAGAAACAGGUGUGGGAAAAUGUAUGACAGAUAAUGAUGACUAUACGAGGGGGGGGGGGGGGGGGGUUCUAUCUGUAUGUAGACAUUGAAUAAUGUAAUGUAUAGAUAUGACAUCAAUAAGACGAGGUUCUGUAUGUAAACAUCGAAUCAUAUCAUGUUCUAUACUAAAACAUAUUCUUGACAACAUGUACAGCGUGUAAACCAGAAAUAAAGACAGACCGUAGUUUUAAUUCUGUGUCAACAAACUGUUCUAAAAAUACCUAUCUGUUCUUCUCGGCUCUGUUGAGACUCGUGGAGUUAUUGGAUUGUUAAAUCUCUAUUUUUGUAAGGUAUGAUAUAUAUAUGUAUUUAUGAAAAGGGUUUAAACUGGAGAUUUUAUUUAAUAGAUUUAUAACAUUCAAUUAUGUUUUUUUGUAAACAUUUUUUUUUAUGUUGAUAAAAAUGUUUUGCCUUGAUGAGAACAUGGCAGGCAGGUAGAGGGUGACGAAAACAAAAUGGCUUCCUUUCAAAACAACCAUGUUCCGUGUUCACGUGUUAAUCGGAACUUGGAAUUUUCCGACCUGCUGACCGGUUGUGGUUAUUAAACACGCGUUCAACCAGUUAGAAAGUCUGAAUUUCCUAGUUUCUGACUAGCAAGUGAACACGACAUUAAACAUCCCAUUUUCCGGCGCAGGUAUAUGACGUCAUCAGUAUGAAUCUGCUGCAGGUGUUUUGACGAAUGUUCAUAUGUUUAUUUUUAAUUUUUUUAAUCAUUUAAAUGAUUGAUUGAUUGAUUGUUUUUGAUCAGAAUGCUGUAUCACUGUUAAUUGAUCACUGUUAAUUGAUUGAAGGCAUCUACCUCAGUGUCCGCGUCACGUUUAGUUUUAAACAGCAGC